AUGCUCCUCAAGCCGACAAAGAAUCGGAAUCGGAGAGUUUCGAGCAAUUCUAUACCGGAGCGUGCGAGAAGCUUGGUCAGCAAGGGCAAGAACAUCCUAUCGUUCAAUCUGCCAUCUCCGGAAGCCUCCUCAAGAAGACGAAGGUCUGGCGCUUCUUCCACCGGAUCACGCAGCGAUCAAGGUGAUGAAGCACGACCCUCCACGACCGAGAGUAACGGCGCUUCUUUCUUCUCAGCUCAGACCUCCUGCGCACAGAAGGAGGAGCAAGCAUCAAAGCAGGAAGGCCCGGAUCCCGAUUCAUCAGACAUGUAUGGCUCCAUUCGCACUCCUCCUCCGAUGUUCAGACCAAGCGCUCAUCUCGUUACUAAGGUCUGGUCAGAGUCUCACUUUGAUCCCAACUGGAUUUCGACCUUUAUCGACAACAGCUAUCUCUUUCCAAUAGACUCACCGUGCAAAGGACGAACUUACGACGAGAAAGAUUCCGCCCAUGGCGAGACUCGUCUGUCGUCGCCAUCAAUCGUUGCUCCGACGUUGAUCUUUCCCUCGGAAAUUCAUCGCGUUAUCCCUUUGGCCGAAUCGAAGUCCUCUUGUCCUCGACUCGGAACCAGGUCGCCUCAACUCCGGCACAGUCAGGCUUCGGAUGCGCAGCCUACUGCCGCCACAACCUGA